AUGGCAUUCUACAACCAACAUCUGGGCAUGUUCGCUCCUAGGCCAGACUCGAAGCCGUUGGAGGUCGUGCAGCGUCUGGGACGUGAAACCAUGAGCAUCCAGGGUGGUCGGGAUCUCGGUUUUUACUCCUUCGCCAAGUCCCAGUUGCGUUCGCUGGGUCUAAUGAAAAAUGACCCGCACCCAACACUGCGGCGAUACGGUAUGGAUGUAGCAGGGCGGUUUAUGCAGUUGCAUUUGCGAGUACCCCCGAAACAAGCAGCGGAGAACUCGGCGAAGGCGAUGCAGUGUUGGCAGACGCUGCGACAAGUGCUGGAAAAUCAAGACAUGACAAUCACGGACCGCCAGCUAUUGCUGCACACCAUACAGGCACAAACUAAGGGACCGAAAAAUAUAGUGGAUGAGACUGGAAGGACCAGAUCGAUGGUUGACCCGAGAGCGGCAGAGUGGGACUUCCUUCAACGCAAAUUAUCGGCCCUUUAUGCGCAGGGAAAAUCAUUGAAAAGCAUGGAGCUAGAUGAUAAAGAACGGAUCCUCAUUUACGAGAAAUUGGAGGAAUAUAAGGAGCAAGAAAAGCAACGGGAACUUCUGAACCGACUGAAGCGACAGUGGUUUGUAAAACUGCCUUGGGAGGUUGGCAAGGAGCUAAAGAUGGCCGGCGCAGAAGAGCACAUUCAAGUCGAACCUCAGGACGUUAGGGCUCAAUUCUGGGGCCCAGAAGUCGCUGAGGAGGAGCGUCCACCAGUGGGAGAGAUAGUAACCAAUCCCGACCGAUAUCGGCAACUUACAAAACUGUUUAUGGAGCACGAGUUGGAUAAACGAUUCGAAGGCCGACUCUCAUUCUCUGUGCAGAGCUUGGACGAACUUAGUGUUGAAGAUGCCAACGUGCUUAAGCGGUUCCAUGCCAAACCGCAUGAGCAACGCAUUUGUCGAAAGAUAAUAGACAUGAAUCAACCAGAAAAAAAACAAAAGAAGAAGACGGCACAACUCCCAAUGAUUCAGCCGCCACGCAGACGGGACCAGGGACUGGUGGCGGGACCUCUGGUCCGGGAUCCGGUUGAUCGGCUUGUACUCGAAGCCUCGAUCAUCCCAAAUUAUAUCGAACUUUUAACCGCACACACGUUUGCGCUCGGAUUUGUUGAUGGAAUGACGGAAUUAAAAGUCCCUCUGCUCGGCUAUAAAAAAUCCCUAGAGACUGUUCUCAAGAGCCAAGCAAUUGUCGAUCUCAUACAACUCAUGCUGAGAGCAUUGAACCACUUUACAGGGUCGGACAUGAAAAGUUUCUCCCUGACGCCCGAGUUUGUAGAAAGUCUGGACGUCUCAUUUUAUGAUCAACUGGCGAAAAUUCUGCGCAAACAUGAGAAAGGACAGCUCCUCUUGAAACAACUCAAAAUAGACAUCGCACUCGUGGAACCGGUGGCCGGACUCGAACCCUCCACCUCGCCGUCAGGAGCAGCCGUGGAGGUUGGUGACGAAGGAACUGUAGCCGGAGUGCCCAUUGGCAUCGUUGGCAUGGAAGGCCGCAUACUGCCAUUUGUAGAACUGUUUACAAAGUGCAGGCUGUUCAUGACAUACAUUUGUGCCGAAGGGGGCGUCAGUGCGUCGGUCUUCCGUCUUGUCAAAUUUUUUGACCGCGCCAGGCCGGAAGUUGAAGAUUUAGUUACACUACUCCGAUCGACGAAAGACGUCUGCUCUCAUUUCGUCUUUUGGCUCACUGGCAGCAGCGGCGAUCUCAGCUGCAUCAACGCACUGUCCUACGUCAAAAACCAACUUGAAGAUUUCUGA